UGUCUCGCGCACACACAUCAGUAUAUAAAAACUGAGCUGCGUCUGGUUUUAUGGCUUUUUGGGUUGUGGGGUUCUUGAAAACUGACUGAAAAUUGUUGGUGGGAGAGGGAUUAAUGGCCUUUUUGUUUGUUUUCGUGCAUGUUUGAGGGGUUUUCGAGCUGGGUUUUUGGUUGACUGAUUUAAAAUAGCAUGGAAGUUUUGAGGGUUAUUAUGUGUGGAGUUCUUGAUCACUUGUUUUCUGUGUUUUUCAGCAGCACAUUUGAGCAAAGAUGCGUCAUUUGCAGAGGUUUCUUGAUGAAAAAUCGCGUUUCUUGCGAAUGAUUUGGCUUUGAAAGUUGAGGAAUCCGAUGGUCUUUUUUUUAGGUAGGUGUUGAUAUAUAUAUAUAUAUAUAUACACAUAUACAUACGUACCAAUGUUUUGUUCAAUUCUUUGAUUCUUUUGUUUUGGUGGGUGUUGUUUUUUUGUUGAUAAUUCUUUAUAUUCUUUGUUGCACAUAAGCUUCUAUUUACGUAUUGAUAUCAUCAUCAUCAUCAUAUAGGACACGCACAAGCAUAUAUACACACAGACACACGCACAGACACAAGCAGGAGGUGGCUUUCAGUUGUGUUUGUUUGAUUUGUUUCGACAUCGGAUUCCAAAUAUUUGUUGUGUUCUUUUUUUUUAUUGUUUUUUUGUUUCAUUUUCUUGAAACUCACACACUCACUAUAGAAAACAUUGUUCUGUUUCUCUUGAUUUCUCCUCAUAAUAUAAUUUGCUUGGAAUAUACUCUGUUUUUCUACUGUAAAUGUACACUGUCAUUAGUUUGGAUAGUAUAGAUACAAAAAGAGAGAGAUAGAGAAACAUAGAAAGGAUUGAAGGGUGGGUGAAAUCGGAGUUUUAUAGAAGAAAAGAAGGCCUAAAAUUGGUUAAGUGUCUGAAGAAUGUUGGCUGGUUGUUCUUCUACAUUGCUGUCACCGAGGCAUAGAUUGAGGAGUGAAACAUCUGCACAGUUUCAAGCUUGUCAUAUCCCUACAAUGAGCACACAAAGAUUGGAUUUACCUUGUAGUUUUGCACGUAAAGAUGCGUCUAGAUCGCAGCCGGUUAGGCCAGUUGGCCUUUCGAUUGAGAAGCCUAUUGAAGCUAAGUCUUCUGGUUGUUCUCUUAGGCAGAAUAUCAAACUUCCCCCUGUUGCAACAGAGGGUAGGAGGGAGAAAAAAGAUGAAUUUUGGGAGAAAAGUAAGAGCAUCAAGAAGAGGUAUGCAGGAGAAGUGUCGUAUGAUCAUGAGGAGAGUUACACGAGUAGAGUGAAGAGGAAAAGGGGCAAUGGGAAGUCCGAUGGUUCGCCUGUUGAAGAGGGGCAUUUGAGUUUAGGCCAAUUUAGCAGUGACAACUUUUGGUUCCAUCCAGGUUUCAACGUGCCACGGUCUGUUCCGCAGGUUACAGGUCUCAACACAACUCAAGUGCCUUUCUCUCUUUCAUGUUCAGGAGAGGAGGAAAGGGUGUGUUUUGUCCCGAGCGAUGUGGUAGCGCCGCCUUUGCCCCCUCUGUCGAAUAUCCCUUGGUUCGACUCUGUUGUGACUGAGAUUACUGACUUAGGGGACAAGAAUGUUGAGACAAUCAAGGGUCCGGAGAAGGAGGCCUCAGGAUCAUCAAGUACUUCUUCUGGGAGUCAGCGUUUGGUUCUUGGGCUGGGCGGCAAUCCCGUGGAGCAUGAAAUUGGGAAUGGUUCAUCUCCACGUAAUCCAAGUGAAAGUACGGAAGUCAUUGUAGCAAGGCAUAAUGGGGAAAAUAACCACCUGGAACACGAUUGUCUUGAGCUUGUGAGCUUACUUGUGGCCUGUGCUGAACAAAUAGGCUCAAAGAACAUUGCCGCCGUAAACCAUUGCCUUGCUAGGCUAGGGGAGCUUGCUUCUCCAUUAGGCUCCCCUUUACACCGCCUUGUUGCUUAUUUCACUGAGGGCUUAGCUUUACGGGUUGCAAGACUUUGGCCACAUAUCUUCCACAUUACCACCCCUCGGGAGCUCGAUCGGGUUGAUGAAGACAGUGGCACUGCAUUGAGGCUUUUGAACCAGGUGAGCCCAAUUCCAAAGUUCAUCCAUUUCACAUCAAACGAGAUUCUGUUGAGAGCUUUCGAAGGAAAGGAUAGGGUUCACAUCAUUGAUUUCGACAUAAAGCAAGGGCUGCAGUGGCCUAGUCUGUUUCAGAGUUUGGCUUCCAGGACUAAUCCUCCUAGCCAUGUUAGAAUUACCGGUAUAGGUGAAUCGAAACAAGAACUUAUUGAAACAGGUGAUAGACUAGCUGGAUUCGCUGAGGCAUUGAAUCUGCCGUUUGAGUUCCAUCCAGUUGUUGAUAGGUUGGAAGACGUAAGGCUGUGGAUGCUUCAUGUUAAGGAGAAGGAAACCGUGGUUGUGAACUGCGUGUUCCAGUUGCACAAGAUGCUCUAUGAUAGCACAGGAGGAACGAUAAUGGAUUUUUUGGGUUUGAUCCGGAGCACAAAUGCUGAAGCCAUCGUUAUGGCUGAGCAAGAAGCAUCCCACAACGAGAUCAGCGUGGACGCAAGACUUUCCAAUUCAUUGAAAUACUACUCAGCUGUCUUUGACUCUGUCGAUUCAAGUCUUCCAUUGGACAGCCCGGUCAGGAUCAAGAUUGAAGAAAUGUUUGCACGUGAAAUCAGAAAUAUCAUUGCGUGUGAGGGACGAGACAGGUACGAAAGGCAUGAAACGUUUGAGAAGUGGCAGCAACUGAUGGAGCAAGGGGGGUUCCGGUGCAUGGGAAUAAGUGAUAGGGAACUACUGCAGGGCCAAAUGAUGUUGAAGAUGUAUUCUUGCGAGAGUUACAGAGUCGAUAAACGAGAGCAGAAUGGAGCCGCCUCUCUCACCCUGAGUUGGUUGGAUCAGCCUCUUUACACAGUCUCAGCAUGGACGCCGGUCGACAUUGCAGGCGGCUCUCAGCCAAGUUGAACAAGAACCGUAUUCUUUUUCACACACAUACAUGAUUUUUAGUUCCGUUGUCGUAUACGAUGACUAGGGAGUUAAAGUUGAUCAUUCUUUGUAGGUAGAGAAAUAUGUUAUCAUUCAUUCUUUCAUUAUUUUCUGCUGCAGAUAAGAUUUGUUUUAAGGUAGAAAGGAAAUUACAUGUUGAUGAACAACACAUAGGAUGUCAAUGCAGUCUUGGAGUAGUUCAGGCAAACUUCAGGUUUUAUUUGUAGCGUUUGAGGUUGUUUGGUUUAUAAUUCUUUCAUUCUUUAUGUAAGCUGGUCAAUGUGUUCUUUUGUUUCAAGAUUAUAGUUUGGAAGAUCUGAAUAUGAAUGAA